ACACAACACAACAAGGCAAGUAAACAUCAGUGCUAAUUAAUAGAUUUUCCGAGUGACAAGUUCAGCGCAAGAUGGAGCACCAGGGUCACGGCGCCGGGGAGAAGAAGGGUGUCAUGGAGAACAUCAAGGAGAAGCUCCCCGGUGGCCACACUGACCACCAGCAGACCACUGGCACCUACGGGCAACAGGGACACACCGGAGUGACCGGCACGGGGACGCACGGCACCGGCGAGAAGAAGGGCGUCAUGGAGAAGCUCCCCGGUGGCCACAGUGACCACCAGCAGACCACUGGAAUCACCGCUGGAACGACUGGCACCGGGACACACGCCACCGACGGCACCGGUGAGAAGAAGGGCAUCAUGGACAAGAUCAAGGACAAGCUGCCUGGACAGCACUAAGCGCGGUCAGCCCGCGCCCGCUACCUUUGCAGAAUAAUAAGAUGUCGAACUUCCACCGUAUAUACGUUAAUUGAGUCUAGUUCACCUAGCUCACUUGGUCGUUGGAGGAGCGAAUUCAUCUACGUUUUAAGCUUUCACGGACAACAGUGUGUGAGAAUUUUCGUUUGUUUACAGUUUGCAGACUUUGAUGUGCAAAUUUCCUUAUGGUUCAACCCGUGUAUAGCCAUAUAUGGCAUCUAAUAUUUAUAUACAAGCGAAAUGUUAUGUUUGCAA